AUGGGGCACAUGGGCAAUGGGCAUCGGAGAUAUAGGAAUAUCCCUUUCAAGAUUGACGGUAUUGGCGGAACUCGUUACGCUACAAUGGGAGGUUAUAUUGUUGUAACCGACAAGAAUGGGGUUGUAUCAAUGUAUGGCUUGACUGCUGGCCAUAGCAUUGUUCAAGACGAUCUCGAGGAAGAGAUCGAUACCGAGCAGGCCAACGAAGAGCUCAACGCAGAGCGAAAUCUCUUUCCCGAUCUCACUACUGAGCAGCAUGCGGCCACCAAGCGCAUCGGCAACCCGUUCAAGUGA